AUGGCCAAAUCGCAGCCCACCUCGACCGCCAAAGUCGCUGCUGCCACGAACUCGACAACACAGAAAUCUUCGAUCCUGAAAUCCUCGUUCGCACCUUCCCGCCUGCAGCUCCGGCUCUUUGCUUCCGUCAUACAGAGUUUCGACUCACAGCAGCUACGAAUACAUGACACUGCCACGGGACGACUGCGGUCACAGCAUGCGGGCAAGGCUGGCAGCAGAAUAACAUGUAUGGACUGGGGCCAUACUCGUCCGCACACCAACGGUACGCAGCCAAGUAAGAGCCGGAAGAAGGAUGAUGUACUACUGGCCUACGGCACCAGCACAUCGGAAAUAUGUCUCUUUGCUCCUACUGAAGGUCGGGUUGUGGCGGAAUUACAAGGACAGCACGAAAGAGGAAUUCUCGACCUCAAAUUCGCCGAAGACACCAACAACCUAUGGAGUAUCGGCGGCGAUGGUCGGCUGGUGCAGUGGGACGUUGUAAGCAAAAAAGCACUGCAGAGCAUAUCACUGCCCGAGUCCUCGAUACAGACGUUAGCGCCCAUACUCGAUUCGUCAGCGAUACUGUGUGCGUCGAGCAGGCCGCAUCUACUGUAUACAGACAAGUCCGCCCAUACCGAGACACCUACGUUCGACUCGAUGGCACAGCCAAUACACUCCAUUUACCAGUCCAGCGACUCAAUACUCGCUGCGGAUGGUGAACGAUACAUAAACAUGUACAGGUCAAACGGCCGACUGUCUCGUACAUUGUUAUCGAAAAGCGGUGUUCAAAACUUCACUGUCGAUGCAGGAGACGUCUCGGUCGUCGCCGAAGAAGAUCAGCAACUGCUUGCUGCAUUGGGAAAGGACGGCACAGUCGAGCUAUUUCCAAAGCCUUUCGCGCCACCACAGAGUCAGAACGGCCUCAAAUCAAGUCGCAAAGAUCUCACGCAAAAACCGGUGGCUCAGGUCAAGCUCAUUGACUCUUCGUCAAAGCAGACACCCAUUUUUGCAGCAUCCAUACAAGGCGGCGAGAUAAUACUGGCAUCAGUGACAGGAGGAGUUGACCUCAAUUUCCAGAAAGUCCGCUGGCAGGAUGACGGGUCCGGCGAGCUACUCUUUGCUGGCUCUAAGGAGGUCGUACAGUCAAGAUCAGCCGCUAGCCUGGGCUCAGCGAACGUAAAUGGUGUCAAGGAUAUGGGCAAGCCCUACGUCGACGAGUCCAGUACUGUGGUGACCAACGGUCUCGGCGUACCAGGCUCACAAGAAGCAGCCAUCGAUAUCGAGAGCUCAAGUAGCGAUGACGAGGAAGCUGACAGCGAAGAUGAGGCAGGUGCCGAUCUCGCAGAUGGAAAAGCUGAAUCAGACGUCGAGUCGGACGAGGAAAUGGCGGACGCGCCACCCGCAGGAGCACCUUCCUCCACAGUCCAAGUCCUCAGCUCUGAUGCGCAGCCACCAGCGGACGACACUCCCACUUUCGGCGAUCUGCUCGCUGCCCAAGAACCCUCCAACAAAAUCGUCUCCAUCACAUCCGCCUUCCCAGACACCAACCCACCAUUCACAAACUCUUCCGGCGCCUUGACGAUCCCAACAGGAAUGUCUCUCGGCACCGUCCUGACUCAAGCUCUGCGUACCAAUGAUCGCUCCCUCCUCGAAGCCUGCCUCCAUACCUCCAAUCCAGACAUAAUCCGCAACACUAUCACUCGACUUGAGCCUCCCCUCGCUGGACCACUCAUCAGCAAGCUCGCCGACCGCAUCAUCUCCAGGCCUGGGCGAUAUGGCCACCUCCAAAUUUGGGUCCAGCACCUGUGCGUAGCACACGGCGCUGCGAUCUCCAGCAAUACUGAUGCACGAGAUCGGCUAAAAACGCUGUACCGCGCACUCGACCAGCGCGCGAAAGGCCUGCCAAGUCUGCUCCUCCUAAAAGGCAAGUUGCAGAUGGUCGAAGGGCAGUUACGCUUCCGCAGGGAAAUUGCCGAGCAGCGCGCCGAGCUGGGCGGUGGCGCGUCCGGCACACGGAAUGUGAAUGUCUUCAUCGAGGGCGAGGCAGACAAUUGGGACAGCGACACAGAUGUUGAAAAUGACGGUCCUCUUCCGAAGAAACGUGCGAAGAAAGAUCUCGCUCAGCUCGUGGGCCAGGCCGAUGACUCAAACGACGACACUGACGUGGACGAUGACAGUGACGAAGAAGAAAUGCCUGCAGCGCUCACAAACGGCAUCGCCCAUGCCUCAGACUCGGAUUCCGACAACGAGUCUCACUCCUCCCGCUCCGCCAAUGGCGCACUUCUCGACGACGAAGCCGAAGAGUCAGCUGUGGAGGAUGACGAAUCGCUAGAAUCUGGCUCCGCAUCUACACCCAACACCUCUGACUCCGAUGAGGAAGCCAGCUCCCGGGACGGAGAGGAGGAAGAAGAUGACGAGGACGACUCCGAAAUGGAGGGUUUCAUCAAUGAUGGAGAGGUCAGCGUGGCGACCAGUGGGGAUAGUGACGAGGUUCUGCAUGAUGCGCCUGUCGAGGAGGAAGAGGAGGUCAUCGUCCAGUCCAAAAAGGAGAAGAAGCGAGAAAAGGGAGAGAAGAUGGAGAAGCCGAAGGUCAAGCGGCGGAAGGUGUAG